AUGGCGAGCAGCUGUAACUAUGAGCAUCCUCACUAUCCCUUCAUUCGCAUUUUGGUGUCUGUUGAUGCGCGGUCCAGCAGCUCUCGCCUACCAGCUUGGUUUCUCACUAGCAAUAGUGGUGGUAUUCUCGUCUGUGGCCGGAAUACUUCACUAUGUACCGUCACCGAGUUUAUUCGCUUACACUCAGCUUCGCUUCCUUUCCUCAAAAUUGCGAUUGGCGCUAUCGGCGCUUCAGACGAUCGUGACGGCGCUUUGUAUCGUGCUCGUGCUUUUGCAUUCCUCAUCGUUGCUCGCUUCUGUGUCGCUGUUCUCCGUUUGCCUUUGUAUAGCAAUGAUGGGAUUUUUUCCACUAUUUGGUAUAGUAUUCGCUGGCUACUCCAGCAUCAUGACAUUCACGCUCAUCUUGAACAUUGUAUACUAUUUGGAGCCGGUACACUUCUUAUUUUCGGAAUCAAAGACGUCGCAUCAUUUCGUGAGAUUGUGCCGUUCGAGUUCUCGCUCUCCGACAGUGUUAUUUCACUUUGUGUCGGAUUUGUCGUCUCUCUUUAUCAGCUCACUUCAAGCCCCCUUCUCUACCAGGCGUAUUUUCCUAUUCCAACACUUUACAAGCUACGGCUCACAUUGGCGUUUCAUGGUGUUUUCCAGCUAUUUUCUUCAAUUCUUGUCUUUCUAACAAUUUCGCUCUUCUUCGCUUUUGUGGAAAAGCGAUGUACACUUCUGUACUCCUACAGGACGUUUUUCUUAUUCGCAAAGCACACCGUACCUCAUCCAGCGUUGGCAUACGCGGUAAUCGUCUCGCUUCUGACGGUUUUCAUGUUUUGUAUCCAGUGGCUCUAUGUAUGCAUUACGACACAUGUCUGGGAAGAAUUCAUCAAGGGUCAUCUAAGAGAGCUUGGCACUAUGAAACAACUGUGCUGUGUACAGUCACUCCUGCUCAUCACUUGCGCUGUUUCCGUAUCAGUGGUGUCGGUGAUACGACUUCUGCAGUUACCGUAUGAUUUGCUGACACCGUUCUCAGUGCUGGUAAUCUUAACCUUAUGCGGUGGUAUGUGUGGAGUUUUUAUGUGUGGAUACUUCUUGCCAUUCUGCAAUUCAAAAGGCGCAUUGGCUGCGCUGUUUCUCACUACGUUAUCAUCGAUCAGCCUAUUCUUUCUGUUUGCAUCGAACAAUCCAUUGCCAGCAUUGAAGAAUAGCUGCGUCGUUGAAAUCGCAAGCAACUCCACAAUACAGAUUAGGUCGUUCAACAUGGAAAAAAUGAUUGCAAUCGCCUCACACAUACCACUACAGGCACACACAGUCAUUGCCUUUAUGGUGAGUGAAGUC